GGAAGCAGCUGCUGUCAUCAAAAUCAGUGUGCUCGUAGAGACGACAAAAGCAUCAUGGCGACGAGAGGAUCUAAAUACAGUGGGAAAAAUUUGAUAAUUCAAGCUAGAAAUGACGGAUCUCGGCAGUAUUAUGAGCACGAUGACAGAGGAAUGGCUCGUAGCAGUGGAGGUGGUGGUGGCCGAGGUAACUUUAGGUACCACAAUUCUGGAGGAAGGUACCGAGGAGGAAGAGGAGGACGAGUGUGGGAUGCUAACUGGGAAGAUGGCAGAAGUAACCGUUUCCCUGAGGGACACUGGCGUGGCAACAAGAGGGGUGGCAGCAGAGGAGGCCAUGGCCCACGCAGACCUCAAUACAAAGAUGAUGAUACAGAGAUGACUGGCUCUAGGGAGAAGAAUCGGCGCCAGGAUCAGUACAAGCGGCGUGGCGGUCGACCUCAUGUUAACAAUACCAACAACAGGAUGGGCUGGUACAAAGCAAUGAUAAAAGACGGUGUUAACUACGACCGCCAGGAAGUUUUGGAAAACAUCCGAUCUCUUGUCCAUGAGCCGUUCAUCCCAGUGCUGUAUGAGGUGGAAGGGAGGUCCUUGGUGUUCUACCUGGAGGACAAUGGCCCUGCUGUUCAGGCCAUCUCUGAAAUAAGCCGCCGGCUCACUAUGUCCAAUGGCGAUAAGCUAACCAUUUUCUUCAACCGCUCGCCUCCACCAAACAGGCCCCUCACUCAAGCACAGCAAGAAAAGGUGAUGCAAGUCAUGAGUGCUCACUACUCACCUGAGAUGAAAAGGCUUGACCUCAAGAACUUUCACAAUGACACCACAUUGGUCAAGGAGAGCAUCUUCUGCCCCUUGUACCGACAGCCCAACAUGCAGAUUGUUGUGAACAUCAUCAUGGAACACAUCCCACAUGUAGAAGAAAUUGACCUCAGCCACAACAAAAUUACUUGCUUAGAUGAGCUGGAGCGCCUUAUGUCAUCCUGUGUCAACCUCCAUCGACUCAGCUUGAAAAAGAAUAAGCUUACCAGCCCAGACUCCUUGGAUAAACUUUCUGGAAUGCAGAUUACUGAUCUUACCCUGGAAGACAACCCUCUCUGUGACAGAUUUCGUGACACAGAGAGCUACAUCAGUGCUGUGAGAAAGCGGUUUCCGAAGGUAUUGUACUUGGAUGGCCAGGAGCUUCCAAAACCAAUUGGAUUUGAAGUUGAUGAAGAGGUCACCAAAAUUCCUAAGUCUAUACCAACAUAUUUUGUUGAACCAAAUGCACAGAACCUGGUAACAGUGUUUCUGCAGGAGUAUUACAAGAUCUUUGAUGCUACAGACAGACUAAAGCUGCAGGAAGCAUACUCACAACAUGCAUUGCUAUCCCUGUUCACCUCACUGUAUAAUGCAGAAAACAGAAACCUUAAGAAAAUUACCAACAAUGAACGAAGGUACAAGCUGGUGGUGCAAGGACGCAACAACAUUGGCACGUUCUUGAGUUCCUUGCCCCAAACCAACCACGAUUUGAUGUCCUUUGAAGUAGAUGUUCCCUUAGCUGAGGCCAACCUGAUGGUUGUGGUGGUGAGUGGAGUGUACAGCCAAAUUGCAGACCGCAAUCCUCCCAUCCGCUCGUUCAAGCGCACUAUGAUCAUCAUCCCUGAAGGGAAUGGUUACUGCAUCACCAAUGAGCAGCUGUAUCUCACCAAUGCUACUGUUGACCAAAUUAAGAAAGCUUUUAAAGAGCCUCCAGCAAAGGACCCUCAGCCAGUUGCAGUACCUAAUGUAGAAGCACAGCAGAAAGAGACCAUGGUUUUGAAGUUUUCGGAGGCUUCUGGAAUGCUGCCAUGCUACUCCCUACAAUGUCUGGAGGAAAAUGGAUGGGACUUUGACAAGGCUGCUGCAGUGUUCACAAAACUCAAGGCAGAAAACAAAAUACCUCCUGAAUAUUUUCCACCAAGCCAACCCUAAAGUGUUAUAAAAUGGUUAGAUUCCAGUCAUCUGAAUAGUGUGUUUAUAUGCAAAUAUUUUCACCUGCACACACAUUUUUCCUUAUGUAUUUAGGAAGAUUUUAGAAAUAAGCUCAAGAAUAUAUGAACAGAAUGGAAACAUUUGAAAUAUAAAAUGCUACAAAGUGAGCCUGAUAGACCCGUCCGGUGCCAAAACAAAACUUUUGCCCUUAUGUCAUCCAUGCUGUUUUUUACCCACCUGCAUAGAGAAGGAUGCAGUUUUAGUACCCACAUAACUUCUUACUUGAUCUGUUUCAAGUUAAAAGCAGCGUCCUGUAAGCCCGUGGUUGAUCAAUGAAGUAUGUUUGUCACCUGUGGACUUCACUGUCUUUUUAAGGGAGGUUUCCUGAUUAUUGCAGACGAUCUAAAGAUUUUGUGAUUUUGUGUAAAUAGUUACUCCUAAUUCUUUUGUGGUAUGGGGCAGAGUGGAAAGUAUUCUAUAACUAUAAAUUUUGUGAUGUAUGUAUGUAAUACAUGUACCAGUUAAGUAUGUGUAUAAUUUUUCUUACUUUUUUAUGGUCUUGAUAUCUUAUUGCAAUCAUGAAUAUGAAUGUAUAUUCAUUAUAAACAUGCACAUAAUAUAUACAUAUAUACAUUUUAGUUUAGUUAGAUCCUACUUAGAGUUCUAAUACGACAUUGAAUGAAUAUAUAUUUAGAGUUGCUCAUAUGCUUCUUGUGUUCUGUGGGAUCAAUAAUGAAUGAGUGUGUGGUACUUAAGGAAGCAGGAGUGCUGAGAUAGAACAGCAGCACACUCUUGCAUCUUUGCUAAGAGUCUAAUUUUUUUCUUGGGCUGCCAUUAGGAGCGGAGGAGUUGAGUACUCUUGAGAAUGGGUAGAGCUGUCGCUCACAGUUCAUAUUUUAUGUCACACUGAACUGUUUACAGUGUGAUAAUUCUUUGAAGUCAUGUCUAGAUAUUUAUGGAACCUGCAAUUAUUGGAGUUGUCCAUAUAUACAUAACAGCCUGGCACCUGACGGGUUAAGAAGAGCAAAUGAAAGGACAAGUGCCUCAAUCUAUUAUUAAAUUAUGAUCAAGGUGAUCUACAUACUGGGUUAGAUAUUUGAGAGGGUAUGGUUCUGUUGUGGUGCAGAAUGGGGAAAUGUGCUCUAUUGUUGCACCCUGAUGUGAGACAACUUACUAUGCUGUAUAGUUGAUUCUCCCACAUUGGUCAGUAUGGACUGAUCCUUGCCCCUAGAGGCCCAGAGGAUAAAAUAUGAGGGAGUGCAUGCAUGUAUUUUAUAUGAUUGUGAAUUCAAAUGUGUGCAUGUAGACACCCUGUCACAGCUUCCCUCCCUUAGAGGGUUGUCAACCAGAGAUUGGUAAGCAAUACUGAGAUCUUACAACUUAAUUUUAAUGGAACCUGAUCAGAUUGGGCAAACAUUAAUUUUAUUUUAAAAGUACCCAUCAAGUAUUUGCACAUAACAGAGCUAAGAUUCCAUUAUAUGCUCAUGUCAACCUUUAUACAUGUCAUCCAUAGAGGACUGGAGGGUCUUCAUCCAGAUUGAUGCCUGGAGGAACUGAUAAUACCUGUAUAUGAUGUGGGUCUGGCAAAACUACAGGAAUUUUUUUUUUUUUUUUUUUAAUGCAUUAUUUGUGUUUGCAAGAUUGCAUUUUAUCAGUUAUAACUUAUAAGCAAGGAUCUCACCAUGUGUGUGAAUGUGUGUUUUGUUGUGGCUAGAACUGGUAAUUUUCAGCAAGUUUGGUGUUACAUUAUGCCAGCAAUGUUAUUCACAACAAUCUCUUAUUUGUAAGUAAAAUAGGACAAGGCAAAAAAAAAUCUUCCUCAGUGGAUACAGUACAAAAUCAUGAAUUGUAUACCGUAGAUAAAAAAAAAAUAUGGUAAAUGUGAUUGCAUACACAAAUAUUUUGUGUAAACUGUUAUGUAGACAGGUGUGUUUAGUUGAUAAGCUGAUUCGGUGCAGGUUGCAGAACUGCAUUAGUCCAGUAGGAGGAUGUAAAUACAUAGCACAUUAAAUAUUCUACAAGAUCAUACUAUUUUCUCACUGAUCUUGAAGUCUAUAUUUCAAGAUAUUUAUAGGUAUUAUUUAUUAUUAGUUUUAUUUUAUUUUGAACUUUUAUUUAGUCUAAUUGGCAGAUAAUAGUGAAAGUUAAUGGAAGAGUGUUACGGGGUAUAGCAAAAAUAAGUCAAACAGAACAAAAACUUUCAAUUUACUCAUUUGUGUAUAACAAGACAAAUCAUCAUAUAGAAAUUGAAUUUGUUAGCUUAUUAUGCCCAGAUCUUCAUCCUUUAUAUUUGUGUUUGUCAGUCAAAUGAACAUUGUAUGUUUAAUAUUUACAUGCUCAUUUAUCUGUAAAUAAAUAUUAUUUUGUAA